AUGUCUGAUCCAGUAGAUGGUAGGGUCGUCGAUCCAAGAAGGAAAUAUGCAGUUCCUAGAACUGUUUAUGGUAGUUUCACGUGUAACUUUUGUAGUAAAGUGAUGAACUGUGGAGUUCUAUGUGUGAAACAACACUUAGCCGGCGGUUUCACGGUUGUGACUGCAUAUCCUAAAGUUCCAGAUCACGUGAAGGAAGAGAUGAGACUUUUUAGGGCUAAAAAAGCUGAGACAAUGGCCACAACUCGGAUGAUGCAAUCACCAUCAAUCCCUCAACAAAACGAUGGUACACACUAUGAGGAAGAAGAUCCCAUUCAGCCUAGUACUGGUCAGGGAAGUCGUCAUAAUCUGAAAAAACGUAAAGGUCCAAUGGACAGGUAUGUUGCUCCAAAUCCUCCUGAUAUUCUUAAAGGAAGAAAGGACAGAAAAGAUAUCUUUGGAGUUUGUGAUAAAGAGCUUAGGGACAAUACCAUCGCUCAUCAAUGA